UCGCGGCACAGCCCGGGUCAGGCCUACUGCAGCCCCGAGCUGCGGGGCUCCGCCCGGCUGCGGAGAUCCGUGCAGGGGAGGCACUGCCAGCGGCCCCGGGACCUGGGACCGCGGGUGGAAAUACCCAGAGGAGCGUGGAGGCGGGGUGCGGCUGCGGAGGCCGAGCCCCAGGCUGAAGGGGACGAUUAAGGCAGGCAGAGUCCCUCUUGGCGGGUGCACAGGGGUUGCUUCAUGCCUGCUUUUGCCACUUCAAGGUGGCAUCUCUUUAUCUUGAUCGAUCCUGCCAGCUGCAGAGUGCAGAUGGGAGAGCAGAGGUGCUGCCCUGGGCAGGUCAGCUGCGGUGAGUCUCCAACACGUCCUUUUUCAGGCUGUCUUGCCUAAGAGUGUCCAGGCUUGUGUACGGCCGUCAUUUCAGGAGUACAAAAUAUGUGUUCACAGUUCACUCUAACUGCAUUCACUUGCCCUCUUUCCAGUCUGGGCUCUGCUGAGAUUAUGGAACAGCUGAACUGCCUGGGCUUCCCACCUAAUUGCUUUUUUUUUUCCAGAAAAGUCCUAAUACUUAACUUGCAGCUAGUUGCUCAACUCACUGGUGAGUGAUUCACUCUUGGCAGUUCUGAGACAAAACAUCGGCUGCCCGGUGUCCAAAGCUGAACUGCAAAAUCAUCACUGCCUUCACAGAAGCCUUGCAGGUGCACAAUGUGCUGCCACCCAUCUACCUGGAUGCCUCGCAGAGCUGGGAGACAUGGGGUGGCACCCAGCCUGGCACCCUGGACCUCGUCAUCAACAUCAACAUGAUGCACAUCUCAGAGCUGCCGUGCACGGAGGGCCUGUUCAAGGGAGCAGGAGUGUUGCUGAAGCCCAGAGGUGUGCUGUUCACCUACGGGCCAUAUGCCAUUGGUGGGCGGAUCAGCCCUCAGAGCAACGUGGACUUCGACUGCAGUCUGAGGCAGAGGAAUCCGGCCUGGGGCCUUCGGGAUACAGAUCUGUUGCAGCAGCUGGCUGAAGCCAAUGGGAUGUGUCUGGAGAGGAUGGUGGACAUGCCUGCAAACAACAAAUGUCUUAUUUUCCGCAAGCAGUAACCUGCUGACCCUCUGCCUUUUGCUUCGCUGUGGCUCUAGCAUCCCGCAGUCUCCAGGUGGAAGCUUUCCUACCUUUGUGGCACCCUCCGGGCAAGGCCAAUCCUGCAUUUCCAUCUUUGAUGCCUUCUUGAUGGUUCAAACCGCCCACACCCUGUUCUUUUGGUGCCAGGCUGGAGCUUCCCUGGCAGCCCGGAGUUGGGCAGAAGCAGCAAAGGGACAGUGCCACAGUCACCCUGGGACCACGCUGGACUUGGUUGAUAUUCUCAGGGUCCAUCUCCUGUUCCUCCCCGCAGAGCGGAGGAGACCAGCUCUGGAAGGGCAGGAGGUUGGCGAGGGGUUCAGCCAAAAUGGGCUUGUGGACAAGGUAGGGUCUUCUCCCAGGGGCUUUAGGUGUGUAUGGGGCUGAUGGCCAGCUGAUGGACUUGGAGCCCUCUCUUCCUUCCCAUCUCAGAGUGUUCCCUCCUGCCAGCCAUGAUUCCAGGCUGGAGGGGGGGGGGACUUGAAAAGAAAAAUAGAGCUCCCCUGGCCCUAUCAUUUUCUGGAGAAAGACAGAUUUGUUCACUCCAGCCUGUGCCAUUCCGCCUUUCCAUCUCCAGCUAUAGGUUCUCUUUUGCAUCCCCUUUGCAAGGGAGAUGCCCUUUUAUGGGCCACAAAAGCCACCACCACUGCCACUGUGGCCUCUUAACAUGGGCAGCACAGGCUAGGGGGGUAGAGCAUAGCCUGUGCAAGGGAAACCUGUGGUGUUUGUGCCUCAGUUUCCCUCUCUGUACAACAGAGAGAAGCCGUGUGUGUCUGGGAAAGUGCUUUACCAAAGGUGCAAGGAAUCUCUUCCCCUUUCUAACACUAUGGAAGUUCACCAGAUUCUGGCUUGAAGUCUAGCUGCAGCCCAGCUUCCCCAGGCCAGGCUACUGCAAGCUACCCCCUUCCACCUGGAGCCAGUUACUAGAAGGGCAUCUCCCUCCAUCUCCCCCUUUCCCAGCACUGAGGUUUGGGGGGCCCUUCAGCACCCUUGCCCUAAUUACCCCCAUCUGGUGCAUUGCGUGGCCAUGUUACAACAUCGAGGGGAGGCAGAAGGCUUGCUCCAGGAGAGCCUGGGUUGUAUUACACUGGGCUUGGAAGCUUUAGUGCUGUGGGAAGGUUGUGGGGGGCUGGAAGACCUCCCACCCCUCUACAGCCUACCCCAAUCUUUUAUUGGUAGUGUCUGGGCUGGAAGGGUACGCAAGGAAGGCACGCAGACAGAUAAAUUACAAGGGAGUUGGGCUGGACCAGAGCUCAGCAUAGGAGAGGGAAUUACAAAAUGAUAAUAAUUACUAAAUAAAAACAUUGAUCUGUGGGA